UCGAGCAUUUAUAUCGCCAUUCCCAUGUCGCCCUAAUUCGCCUUAGGUUGCCCUCAAAGUGAUCUAAUUUGUGAUAAAAUAUCCAACUAUGAGAUUUGGACUAACGUUAUUGCUGGUUUUCCUCAGCAUUAUCUGUGAAGCAAGCUGCCAAAAGAACUACACCCCACAAUGGUUGGAAAAUAACAGUCUCAAUAUAAAAAUUGGCAACGAUGUCAUGAUAAUCUCACACAACGUAUCGAAGCCAUUUAUCUAUUUGUGUUCGGGCCAAGUCAACUUCACGGAGUUCCGAGGUAACUUCUUCGUGAACAACUACGAGGCGGCCCGAGUUCCCCUCGGUAGUUUCCGGAAAACUGGAAAUACCAACACUUCGGAUACCUUUGAGUUCAGCUUUGGCUCUUUAGCGUUGAACGUGACCUUUGAAACGACCACGACAUAUCCCCUAGUAGUCUCAUUCUCGUCCUUACCCACGGGCUACACGGGCCUGUGGGUGAGGAUAGCGGCCACCCCCGGGGAGAGAGUAUAUGGACUCGGGGAGCAGUACUCUUAUCUCAACCUGCGGGGCCGGAUGUACCCGAUAUGGACCCGAGAGCAAGGUGUCGGGCGUAACAAGAGCGAUAUCGUGACGUUUUUCGCGGACAACUUUGGUGGCGGCGCCGGCGGCGACUACCAUACCACCUACUUCCCCCAGAGCACUUUCCUCUCAAACCGGAAAUAUCUCUGUCACUAUGGCGGCUACAACUAUGCGGAAGUGAACCUCCAACAGCCCGACUUCCACGAAAUCUUCGUUUCCGGCCCUCCGGAUAAGUUCUAUUUUGACACGAGGGGGAGUAUCAAAGAGUUAACGCAAACGAUUGCAAAGAACCUUGGCCUGCAACCGGAACUACCGGAUUGGGUGUACACGGGAGCCAUCCUUGGAGUGCAGGGUGGGACGGAACUAAUGCUGGAUCGUUACCAGAAGGCGGUUGACAAUGACGUUGCAGUGAGCGGUCUCUGGAUCCAGGACUGGGCUGGCGUCCUCGUGACGUCAUUUGGCAAACGCCUCUUCUGGGACUGGCAUUGGAACGCGACUUACUAUCCAAACUUGAACUCAACCAUCGACGUUCUCCGCGAAAAGGGCGUCCGGGUUCUGGCUUACAUUAACCCGAAUCUCAAUACCGCCGGUUCUCUCUACCAGGAGGCUGCAGCCGGCAAACAUCUUGUCAUGAACACUUCCGGUCAGCCAUACUUGAUGGAUUUCGGAGAGUUUCUGUGCGGGAUCGUGGAUCUCACGAGUCUCGAGGCUCGAACUUGGUAUAAAGAAAAGAUACAACUAAAUAUGAUAGACCUUGGACUUGGUGGCUGGAUGGCGGAUUUCGGGGAGUAUGUGGCAGCGGACGGCGCCGUUUUCCAAAGCGGCGAGACCGGCCGCCAGGUGCACAAUAAGUGGCCGUUACUCUGGGCGGAAGUCAACAGACAGGCGAUCGAAGAACGGAACAAGACCGGGGAGGUUGUCUUUUGGAUGCGCGCCGGGACGGCGGGUGUGGGAAAAUACACUACCCUAAUGUGGGCUGGGGACCAGAACGUGGAUUUCAGCUACGCCGACGGUCUAGCGUCCACGAUCCCGGCGGCGCUCAACAUGGGCAUGUCCGGCAUUGGCAUCACCCAUUACGACAUCGGCGGGUACACGACGGCCGCCCAGUUUCAGGCCUUCGGGCAGGCACUCAUUCGCUCGCAGGAACUGCUUCUGCGGUCCGCGGAGGCGGCCGUUUUUACACCGCUCUUUCGGAGCCAUGAAGGUAACCAACCAGCGGCUAACGUACAAUUCUACACAAAUCAGUACAUCGAGCAAUGUUUCGGCCGCCUGUCCCGAAUGUUCGUCCAUAUUUCAAACUACACACGAUCGGUUGCGCAAGAUAACAGUCUAUUCGGCACUCCCGCGCAACGGCCAUUGUUCAUGGAAUUCCCGGAUGACAGCGAUGCAUGGGACGUAACGUACCAGUACAUGUAUGGUUCGAGACUUCUAGUAGCGCCAGUAAUCUCCUCCAACGUAUCCAAAAUGAACGUCUACUUACCGAAAGGCUGGGAGUGGAAGUUUAUUUGGGACGGGAAGAAUUACCCCGGUGGAAAUUUUACACAAGUCGACUCACUCAUCGGGUUUCCUCCAGCAUUUUAUAAGGUUGAUCCGAGUGACCAUAGAUUUGACGAUAUGAUCGAACAGAUAAGGUCUAAAUUUCCAGCCAUCCCGCCCCUGCUGACAACGCCGACAACGCCAAAACCGAUAGCGGCGGGGAUGAAACUUAGUGUUCAAUCAUUUUGCGUCCUCACUGCUGUGGUUGUUGCUUUAAUGAUUUAAAAGAAAGUAUGGCCGUAAGAGUGUUACUUCAUUAGUUUUAUGAGUUUAAAGCUGCACUUUUUUAUUUUUGGACUUGUUUGUCUUGGAACGAGCCAAUUCAUUCGAAACUGCAUGGACACCAGUGAUAUAAGACUGCUGACAAACGUUCAGAUCGCAGAUUUUCAUAUUUAUGUUAAACAAUUGAUGUUUUAUGCAUUUUUCUUAAACCGUUUGUAACGGUUUAAGUCAUAAAGCAUUUAUUUUCGAACAGAAAUAUGAAACUCUGCGAUCCGAUCUUUUGUCAGCAGUAAUGGAGUGAUGGAUAAUCGGAUUUUCAGUUUUAGUUUGUACGUUUAAAUGAUUUGAUUGAUUAUUUGUAAUCAAUUGAUAAAUAUUGACCAAUCAAUAAACUUUUCGCCUAACUUUGACUCAACUAAAGAAAUAACCACAUUCAUACAACCAACUGCAGAUUGCUAUAUAUGCAAAUCUUUAUAAUUACAUCUAGAAAGUGCUACAAAAUAAAAAUAAAAUAC